AUGAUCAAAUCUAAACGGCAACAAAAAUUAGAACAAAAACAACUUCAAUCUCGUCGUACCAAAUCGUCAUCAUUUGCUACUAAAACUCCAUUUCGAGAUGCUGAAAGAAAUUUUAAGUCACGUUUACCACAGCCAGAUUUUAGCAAAGUGAUUGACUUUGAUAAUUUAGAAAAUUGCCUUGACGAAAUUAAAGAUAAAGUGAUUGAAGUAGAAUUAACAGCUGAUUUGGGUGAAGAAUGCGAAAAUUUAUUUGGAAAAUACCAGGAUA